CUAAACCCUCUCUCCAUUUCUCUCACUCUACAGAAGCUACAUCAUAUAGUCACAGCUAAUCUGUACGUAUCGCUUCGGCUACAUUUCUCUCCGCACACUUCAGCUGCGCCAUUGGAAAUCGUGAAAAAUGUCGAUUGAGGUUGGAGAAAUGAGCGGAGAAGGUGAAGAUGAACUGAUUGAUCUGAACAAAGAGCCGCCAGUUGAGAGGAAAAGGAAAAUGAGUGAUAAGAGUAAUCCGGAUCAUAAGGUGGCUGAUGGUCUACCGAAAAAUGGUUGGGUUUUGAGGUCAAGAACAGUUGCCAUGAGCGAUGGUGAAAAACAAGUGAUUAAGAUGGAAAUAGUUAAGAUGGAGGACAAGGAGAGAACACAAGUGCCGGAGAUGGCGUGUGUGGAUAAAAGAAAGGUGACAGUUGUGAAGAAAAAUGGUAAAAAGACGGGUAGACGGGGCAGACCUUCUAAAACAGAGGGUAGAGAUGAGGUUUCCUCGUUAAGUAAGCAGAAGAAGAGGCUUGGGACAGGGAGAUUCCCCAAAGAGAAAGGUGUAAAAGGUGCUUUGCCUUCAGAUAAUCCAGAGAUGGCUAGGCGCGGGAGGCCUCCGAAAGUAGAAAGUGAAUGUCUGGGCUCCUCAUUCGAUAAGAAGCAUUUGCAACAGGAGAAGGUUGGUAAUAGUAAUACCGGGAACGGGAAGGGUAGAGGUAGAGGAAGGCCAAGUGGUGCGCAAAAGGGUAAAAGGUCUCUAAAGGUUGAGAAUGAGGAUGUAGGGUUGGAAGUCAAGAAGAAAAUUGUCAAGAGAGGUAGAGACCAUAAAGAACCUGGAGUUAGGAUUCAGUCAAAGAGGAUAAAGAUUGGUAUGAGUAAUAUGGGGAAUGGUUUUGUGCAGCAGAAAAAGAAAAAAGUGACAAAAGAAGGUGAUGAAGGUAAGGAAACAGGGUUACGGUAUCAAAAGCAAUUAAUUAGAGAUCAAAUAGUUGCUAUGCUUCAGAAGGCUGGAUGGUCUGUUGAAUACAGGCAGAGACUUACCAGAGACUACCAUGAUGCAGUCUAUGUUGACCGGGAUGGAAGAACUCACUGGUCAGUGACAAAGGCUUACAAAAAGCUUGAGGAGAAGAUUGAUAAGGGAACUGCAGAUGAUACUGAUGUUUUGGCAUUUACUCCUAUCCCAGAAGAGACACUUAGGAUACUGUUCAGAAUGACUGAGCCAGGCAAGAAAAAAGGUAACAAAAAAAUGAUGAAUGCCACAGGAAGGACUAUCAAUAGAGCUUGCUAA